AUGUCCUUCCCGGCCACGCCCAUCGCCAAGCUAACCGGCCAUAAUGGCAUCGUACAUGCUGUCGCCUACUCGUCCGGCACCCAGUCCUACAUAUUGACCGGCUCCUCCGACCGCACAAUCCGCCUCUACAACCCGAAGAACGCUCCGUCCAAUUCAGUCGCCCCCACCCAGUCUUCGCAGCGUCCCGCCGGCCUCGUAAACAAAUAUACGGCGCACGGCUACGAGGUUCUCUCCAUCGACGUAAACGAGGGAAACGACAAAUUCGUCAGCACCGGCGGUGACAAGACAGUCUUCCUAUGGGAUGUCCAAACCGCACAGACGGUCCGCAGGUGGACUGGCCACUCCGGGCGGGUGAAUCGCGGUGUAUUUGGCGGUGAGGGCGACAGCGUCGUAGUGUCUGGAAGUUUUGAUGGCACAGUUCGCAUCUGGGACGUGCGGUCCAAUGCCUACAAGCCCAUUAUGACGCUGUCCGACGCCAAGGACAGUAUUUCAGAUGUUGCGAUACACGAUGCGGAAAUUGUGGCUGCGAGCGUAGACGGGCGCGUGCGAAGCUAUGAUCUGAGGACGGGCAUGUGCCAGGUCGAUGUCAUAGGCCCAUCCUGCACUAGUCUGGCUGUGAGCAAAAAAGGCACAGAAGUCCUCGUCAGCUCGCUAGAUUCCACUGUCAGACUCAUGGAUCGCGCAAACGGCGCUUUACUGAAGACGUACAAGGAUGACGCGUUUGUGAACAAGGAUCUGAGGGUGAGAAGUACGCUCGGCCUGAAUGAUAGUGUUGUUGUUAGUGGAAGUGACGAUGGCAUGGUGUUUGCAUGGGAUAUGCUUGAAGGAACAUGCCUGCACAAAUUCAAGCAUUCUGAAAUGAGAGAGAUGAGUGAUUCGGCGCCAAACACCCAGGUAAAGGGCAAGAAGGACCUUGUAUCUGCGGUAGCAUUUUGCCAGACGAGGCGCGAAUGGUGCAGCGGUGGUGGCGACGGUAAUGUCGUUGUGUGGGGCAUGGGAAGCUAAGACAUGCAUAUAUGUGCUGCUUGACUGUUUGAUACCCCACCUAGACAAUCUCUUUGG